GAACUUAUUCGAGAUCCUGGGAUCCACCAUGAAAGUGCGACACAAGGAAUUCGUUCCGUGGUGACGGCGCAGCGAUUUCGUGAGGUAUAUUAGGAGGGGUGGGAGAGAGUGGUGGAGUAGAGUCAGCGUAGGGAUUGAAAUUGGAUACGGUUCGUGUUGCGCCUAUUCGCGCUGCUGUCUGAGUUGCAUGACGGGGAACGUGACGUGGGGAGGACCUGGUGUCGCAUCAGCCGCUUGUUUGAAUAGGACCUUGUGUCGUUGGGAUUAGCGUGGGCGGGAAUUGAGAGCGCAGGCGUGAGAAUUGCGGUAAGCUUCGGAGCGGGGACGGUCGUGAUUGCAGGUAGAAGAGGUUGUAGAGGAUUUCUUGAGAGGCUCGUAAAAGAGGGAGAGAGAGAGGGAGCAGAAGAGAGUUGAAGAGCGUGAGAGCUGGAUUGAGGUGGUUGUGGAGCGAUGCAGUCGCUGAUGAAAGUUGUGCUUGCACCUCGAACGGGGUCGGCGACGGAGAGCGAGAGGAGAAAGAAGAAGAAGGAGGAUGUUUUGCUGGAGCGCAGUUUGUCGUCUUCAUCUCGGUAUCCGUCAAUGCCGCGGUACCCGCUGUCGCCCUUGCAUGGCGAAGUUGACGUCUCGGAGAUUCGCAAAGCAAACUUGAAGGUUACAGGGAUGGAGUGCGCAGCGUGUGCGGGGUCCAUCGAGAAAGCCGUGAAGAGGUUGCCCGGCAUCGAGGAAGCAACGGUGUCAGUAUUGCAGAACCGGGCUCAAGUUGUGUACAGGCCCGCCUUCGUACAGGAGGAAAGCAUUCGGGAGGCGAUCGAGGACGCGGGGUUCGAGGCGGAAGCAAUUGUGGACGAUGCCGGUCAACGGAGCGGGAGCAUCAGCCGUUUUCGUAUCAAGGGCAUGACGUGCACCUCUUGCUCAAACUCCAUAGAGUCUUCGCUGAAAAAGCUGGAUGGAGUGCAAAAGGCCGUAGUAGCCCUCGCCACGGAGGAGUGCGAGGUGAGGCACGAUGCUGGAGUGAUUUCUCACGUCCAGCUUGCCGCCGCCAUAGAUGACCUGGGUUACGAGGCCGAGCUUCUGAUCGCAGGUGAAGAGACGAACAGAAUCCGUCUGCAGCUGGAAGGCGUGACGGCUGCAGCGGACUUCCAGCUCGUGAAAGAGAUGCUGGUGGCUCUGUCCGGCGUGACAUCGGUGGAUUUGGAUUUCAGCAAUGCGAUGGUCACAGUAUCGUACGAGCCCGACAGGGCUGGGCCGAGGACUUUCAUAGAGACCAUCGAGCAGGCGGGAGUUUUCACAGCGAAGUUGGAGGCACCUCGUGGUCGUGGGAGUCACGACAGGGGCUUGGAGAUCCAGCACCACAAGAAGUACUUCCUUUGGAGCUUGGUGUUCACGGUCCCAGUGUUCUUUUUGUCCAUGGUGUUUAUGUACAUACCAGGCAUUAUGGAGGGUCUGGAGCACGGCAGGCUGAACGGCUUGUCGAUCGGAGCUUUGCUGCGGUGGAUUCUUGCGACUCCGGUGCAGUUCGUUAUCGGGAGAAGGUUCUACGUGGGAGCGUACAAGGCGCUCCGGCGAGGGUCGUCGAACAUGGACGUGCUAAUUGCCAUGGGCACGAACGCAGCGUACUUUUAUUCUGUGUACAUAGUGUUGCGGGCGGCUACGUCUCCUACGUUCAAGGGCACGGAUUUUUUUGAAACGAGCGCGAUGCUCAUUUCGUUUAUCAUCCUGGGAAAGUAUUUGGAAGUAAUGGCCAAGGGGAAGACCUCGGAAGCCGUUGCCAAGCUGAUGGACCUCGCUCCGGACAAGGCGACUCUGCUCACUCUGGACGAGGAGGGGGACGUGGCAGGAGAGAGGGAAAUCGGGGCCGAGCUCAUCCAGCGGCGAGACAUCAUCAAGGUGGUACCGGGCUCGAAAGUGCCCACGGACGGUGUGGUGGUGUGGGGACAAUCCUUCGUGAACGAGAGCAUGAUAACAGGCGAAGCCCGCCCCGUACCGAAGAAAUUAGGGGACAAGGUGAUAGGAGGCACCAUGAACGACCACGGCGUGAUACACAUACGAGCCACACACGUAGGGGCGGAGACCGCAUUGGCACAAAUUGUGCGGCUGGUGGAAGCCGCCCAAAUGGGCAAAGCCCCGGUCCAGAAGUAUGCGGAUCGCAUCUCCACUUACUUCGUCCCCGCCGUGGUGGUCGCGGCUUUCGUCACGUGGCUGGCUUGGUACGUUGGAGGCAAAGCACGCUCGUACCCAAAGUCAUGGAUUCCGGCUGCGAUGGACGAGUUCGAGCUGGCACUUCAGUUCGGGAUAUCAGUGCUCGUCAUCGCGUGCCCCUGCGCCCUCGGCCUGGCCACACCCACCGCAAUAAUGGUUGCCACAGGGAAGGGCGCGACGCAGGGGAUCCUGAUCAAAGGGGGUCAGGCACUGGAGGCUGCACACAAGGUGAAGACGGUGGUUUUCGACAAGACCGGGACGCUGACAAUCGGGAAGCCCAUCGUCGUUCACACCAAGCUGCUCACGAACAUUCCUCUGCACGUGUUCUACGACACAAUCGCAGCAGCGGAGGUCAACAGCGAGCACCCACUGGGAAAAGCGAUCGUCGCGUACUCCAGGAAGAUCAGCGGCGAGCAUUCGUCCCAUGGUCAGCAGCAACACGAGGUGCGUGAUUUCGAGGCCAUUCCAGGGCAGGGAGUGCGCGCCGUGGUGGACGGCAAGGCGACCCUGGUGGGGAACAUGCGACUGAUGAAGGAGCACGGGAUCCACAUAUCGGAAGAAGCGGAGGAGCACUUGCGCGAUGUGGAGACUUUGGCCAGGACGGGAGUGAUGGUUGCCAUCGAGAGGGAGUUGGUGGGGGUGGUGUCCAUCGCGGAUCCAGUGAAGCCGGAAGCAGCCAGAGUAAUCAGCAUCCUCAAGUCAAUGGGCGUGCGCAGCAUGAUGGUCACGGGGGACAACUGGGGCACAGCCGUGGCGAUUGCGAGGGAGUUGGGAAUCGAGAGGCCAUGCGUGCACGCAGAGUCGUUGCCAGAAGACAAGGCCAGGAUCGUGGAAGAAAUGCAGGCGGCAGGGACGUCGGUGGCCAUGGUGGGGGACGGCAUCAACGAUUCGCCAGCGUUGGUCGCAGCGGACGUGGGGAUGGCGAUAGGAGCGGGGACGGACAUCGCGAUCGAGGCGGCGGACAUCGUGCUGAUGAAGAGCAACCUGGAGGACGUGAUCACAGGGAUAGACUUGUCACGGAAGUCGUUCUUCAGGAUCUGGCUGAACUACGUGUGGGCGUUGGGGUACAAUGUGCUGGGCAUCCCCAUAGCUGCGGGGGCGCUGUUCCCAAGCACGGGGUUCCGGUUGCCUCCGUGGGUGGCGGGUGCAGCCAUGGCGGCGUCAUCGGUGUCGGUAGUAUGUUCGUCGCUGUGGCUGAAACGCUACAAAAGGCCGAAGGUGGUGGAGGAGAUAGACACGAGUGUACAGCGGUAGUAGGCGCGGAGCACGUUCCAGUGCCUUCUCACAGUUUUGCGAAGCAGAUCAGUUUUGCACAGCGUCUUCGGGGAGCUGUAUUUCAGGCGGCGCCCGCUCGUGCCUGGGCUCAGGGGCGGGUGUCGCCUCAAACACAGCGCUCUGGGUGACAUGUAAAUAGAUAUAUUUUUUUUUCAUUUUAUAGUAUUUGUGUUCACCUUUGAUAAUUUUAGGGUAGGAUUUUUUAUUCAUUCAUUAGUUUAUUUUGUUGUGGGCAUUUUUAUUGAUGAUUUUAUUUUGAAUAUUUUAUGUAUCUUAAAAUUCUAGUAAUUGAUACUCAAAUCAUUAUAUAAUUCGAAUUAAAUGGGAUUCAUCUACAGAUACUUGUAAUUUAAUACAAUUUUUCUUGUUCAA